AUGAAGCUCAAGGAGCGUGUCUUGAUUUCGGUUAUGGCAGGGCUCGUGAUGCUGACGAUGAUCGUGGUGCUGGAGGCGGAAACCAGCCUCACUGCACCCAGCCGCACACGUACCCCCGCCCACGCCCGCGUCCACUACGCCUUCAGGCAGCGCCAUCUACAGAAGACGAGCAACGCGUCCCGCGAGGCGUCCCUGAGUGCCGCCGCGUCCGCCCAGGUCGGAGUCGUGAGCGAUGACUCUGCCCCCCCUCCCCCGCCCGCCCCCGGCGCUCUCGCGGGCGCAGGAGCCGACAGUGGGCGCGAGAAGAGGACCGGGACGCCGGCGACGCCGCCUGACUCAUUCUCCGAUCUGGCUGAAGCGGCUCUGAAGGCGAGCAAUAACAGCAAGGUCGUUCGUCGCCGCAAUCACUGGAAUCCCUGCCUCGGAGAACUGCUCGGACUGGAGCUGAGAGACAACUCUACACUCUGGGACAAGUUCCACCUCAGCAUUUCAAGAGACGAGCUCUAUGCUGCUGAGGACCCAACCGUUGACAGACUGCUGCGUCAUGUGGCCACUGCACCCAUCACUCAUAUAGCGCUCAAGGAAGGAGGGACGCAGCUCAAGCUUCUCAUUGAAUUUGCUGACGGAGGCCACGCGCUCUUCAAGCCCAUGCGAUUCCCGCGAGAACAACAGACGCUGAAGAACCACUUUUACUUCACCGACUUCGAGCGCCACAACGCAGAGAUCGCCGCCUUCCACCUUGACAGGCUGUUGGGCUUCCGACGAGCCGUUCCGAUAGUGGGGCGCGUCGUCAACAUGACCCGAGAGUUGUACGCGUUUGCUCAGGGAGAACUCCUCAAGACGUUCUUUAUCUCACCUGACGGCAACCUCUGCUUCCAUGGGAAAUGCAGCUACUACUGCGACACCGCCCAUGCCAUCUGCGGCAACCCGGACCUUCUGGAGGGCUCCUUCUCCGUGUAUCUCCCCGGCAAGGAGGUGGCUCCCCGCAGGGUGUGGCGCCAUCCCUGGAGGAGGAGCUACCACAAGCGACGCAAAGCGCAGUGGGAAGUGGACGGCGACUACUGCCAGCUGGUGCAGGAGGUGCACCCGUACACCGACGGGCGGAGGCUGCUGGACAUGGCCGACAUGGCCGUGCUGGACUUCCUCAUGGGAAACAUGGACCGGCACCACUACGAGACCUUCAAGAUGUUCGGCAACAACUCGGCGCCCAUCCACCUCGACCAUGGGCGUGGCUUCGGGCGGGCGUUCCACGAUGAGCUGUCAAUCCUUGCUCCUCUCCGGCAGUGCUGUGUGAUUCGCCUCUCGACCCUCGCGUCCCUUCUCAGGUACCAUUCCGGCCCGGCGCCCCUGAGCGCGGCGCUGCGAAGCUCCUUGAGCGCCGAUCCCCUGAGCCCCGUCCUGUGGGAGCCGCACCUGCACGCCCUCGACCGAAGGCUCGGCCUCGUCCUGCGGGAGGUGCGCCACUGCCUCCGGAAGGCCCGCGAUCCUUCACGAGUCAUCGUCGAGGACUUCCACUAG